UUCAGUUUCCAUUGAACUGCUGCUGCGAUCGGUCAACCGAUGUGAAUGAGCCGCGUUACUGGCGCCAUCUGAAAUUCGAGUUCGCGAGAUAAAAACCGCGAGAAGACAAAGAACACCGCAAAAAGCCGAUGUAAACAAAGAGAUAUAGUUAGUUCUGCAUUUUGCAAGAAAACUUUAUCACAUUACACGCGAAUCGAAACGGAUACUUGUAUGUGCACAAAGUGAAAUCAGCUGGACAACAAGAUUUAGUUAGGUGCUGGAGUGCCGAUUCUGCCGCCUAAAGUGCCAAAUAUUCAAAGUGAACUAUCAGAAGCAACCAUGAUGAGUGGCCAGCCACUUGGCUCGAGGGUUUGGCUGUUGUCCGGAGUGCUAUUAGUGACAUUUGCUGGGACAGAUGCCUACGGAUUUGGACGUUGCCCGAAUUAUCCAUCGAUGCCAAAGUUUAACAUGAGUCGGGUCCUUGGACACUGGUACGAGGUAGAGCGCUCUUUUUACCUUCCGGAAAUCGCCUCCGGAUGCACCACCUUUCAGUUUGAGCCGUACAACAAGGGCGAACAAUCGAAGUUUUCCAAUUUCAAGCUGGCUGUGGCCAUUAAAAACAUUAAUCGCAUAACUGGUAAUCCGAAUGUGAACAUUGGCUAUGCAACACCAGAAAACAGCCGAUCCUCCAUCAUGGAUUUUAAGUUUACCACCCGAUUUCCGGACGUGAUUGCCCGACUACUGCCAGGUUCCGGAAAGUACCAGGUGCUAUACACAGACUACGAGAACUUCGCCAUCUUGUGGUCCUGCGGCAGCAUUGGCUCACUGGGUCACUCCGAUCAGAUCUGGAUUCUUGGACGUGAUCGGGACUUCGAGGUGGAUAUCCGAUCCAAAGUGUACGACGUGUUGAAGCGGCUCUCUCUGGAUCCGGAAAGGCUCAUCAUCAGCAAAAACAAACAAUGCCCCGAGGCGCUGUAGGAAGCUCCUCCAGCGUCUCAUCCCCCAUCUAUAUGUUUAAGUUCAUUCGGUUAAGGAACAAAUUACAUUUGAUGCCUAAUCAAUUAGGCUGCUGUGAUAUCGAGGAGUGUGAAUCGGCGGAGAGAGGCGAAGCAACGCAAAUACAGAAACAAAAAACAAGAGU